UGUAGGUUACUGGUCUGUGUUCGUCUAGCAGUGCUGCUGCUGCAAGUGUUGUUGUCUUGUAAAUCAGACGGAAGAGAAAAGAGCGUUUUGAGCAUUGAAACCGAGUUGAGUUAGGGGUUCGAUGGUUAUCCUGGUGCACAGUGUUAGGUACCUGCAGUUAAACUGAAAAGACUUGACAGAGGUGAACUCAUAGCUGUCCCCAGAUAAACAAGAUGAUCCCGGACAAAGCACCAGGGGAAGAUGUAUUUCAUGCGAGCGGAGAUUUGAAGAAAGAGGCUCAUGUAGCCACAUUUGAGAAAUACAAGGACAUGUAUGUGAAUUCGAUUGAGAACCCUGACGAGUUCUGGGGUGACAUUGCUAAAGACUUCUUCUGGAAGACAAAGCAUACAGGGCAGUUUCUGAACUACAACUUCGAUGUCACUAAGGGAGAGAUAUUCAUCAAAUGCAUGGAAGGGGCCACUACCAAUAUCUGCUACAAUGUGCUGGAUCGCAAUGUGCACGAGAAGAAACUGGGCGACAGAAUCGCUUUUUACUGGGAAGGGAAUGAGCCUGGAGAUGAGAUGAAAAUAACAUACAGAGAGCUUCUGCAGCAAGUCUGCAAGUUUGCCAAUGUCCUCAAGUCCCAAGGUGUGAAGAAGGGGGACCGCGUGUCCAUCUACAUGCCCAUGGUGGUGGAGCUGGUUGUGGCUAUGCUGGCCUGUGCCCGCAUUGGAGCAGUGCACUCCAUUGUGUUUGCUGGAUUUUCUGCAGAGUCCCUGUGUGAGAGAAUCAUGGACUCGCAAUGUUCAUUGCUCAUCACUGCUGAUGGCUUUUAUAGAGGAGAUAAGCUGAUCAACCUGAAGGUGAUUGCGGAUGAUGCUCUGCAGAAAUGCAGGGACAAGGGUGUUUGUCUGAAAAAGUGCAUUAUGCUCAAGCACCUGUGUAAAGACGAGGCUGCGUCUCCUGGCUCCCAGUCCCCGCCUGCCAAGCGACCCUGCCCAGACCUCCAGCAGGAGAAACAGAAAGAAAGAGUAACGAGGGUCCGCCCCGCUGCACAGGUGUCUUGGAAUCCGGAGGUGGAUCUGUGUUGGCACACGCUGAUGUGUGGAGUGUCGGAUGAGUGUGAGCCCGAGUGGUGUGACUCAGAGGACCCCCUCUUUAUCCUUUACACAAGUGGCUCCACAGGGAAACCAAAAGGCGUGCUGCAUACAGUGAGUGGCUACAUGCUAUACACGGCCACCACCUUCAAGCUGGUGUUCGACUAUCAGCCGUCUGACGUCUACUGGUGCACGGCGGACAUCGGCUGGAUUACAGGCCACUCUUACAUCACCUACGGCCCUCUGGCCAACGGGGCCACCAGCGUUUUGUUUGAGGGUCUACCCACCUACCCAGAGGUGAGCCGCAUGUGGGAGAUUGUGGACAAGUACCACGUCACCAAGUUCUACACCGCCCCAACUGCCAUCCGCCUCCUCAUGAAGUACGGCAGUGAGCCUGUGCAGAAAUGCAAGCGAGACUCCCUGAAGGUUCUGGGCACGGUGGGUGAGCCCAUCAACCCUGAGGCGUGGCAGUGGUACUACAACGUGGUCGGGGAGAGGAGGUGCCCUGUGGUGGAUACCUUCUGGCAGACAGAAACGGGUGGACACGUGUUGACACCACUUCCUGCAGCCACACCCAUGAAGCCGGGAUCAGCGACAUUUCCAUUCUUUGGUGUAGUUCCUGCCAUUCUGAAUGAGUCGGGUGAGGAGCUGGAGGGACCAAAUGAGGGUUACCUAGUGUUCAAACAGCCAUGGCCUGGUGUGAUGAGGACGGUGUAUGGGAACCAGGCCAGGUUUGAGACCACCUACUUCAAGAAAUUCCCUGGCUACUACGUCACAGGAGACGGGUGCCGGAGGGAUAAGGAUGGAUACUACUGGAUCACCGGGAGGAUAGACGACAUGCUCAAUGUGUCCGGCCACCUGUUGAGUACGGCGGAAGUGGAGUCGGCGCUGGUGGCCCAUGAAGCCGUGGCGGAGGCGGCAGUGGUGGGCAGGCCGCACCCCGUCAAGGGCGAGAGCCUCUACUGCUUCGUCACACUCAGAGAUGGAGUCAGCUACAACCACACGCUGGAGGCCCAGCUCAAGCAGCAAGUGAGAGAAAAGAUCGGUGCCAUUGCUACGCCUGAUUACAUCCAGAACGCACCAGGCCUUCCCAAAACAAGAUCAGGUAAGAUCAUGCGGCGCGUGCUGCGUAAGAUCGCCUGCAACGAGCGCGACCUGGGCGAUGUGUCCACGCUGGCCGACAGCUCCGUCAUCGAGCAGCUCUUCCAGAACCGCUGCGGCACAGCGGUGUGACCUGUAGGAGGGGGCCAGCCCACUACAGCGGCCUCCAACAUCCAGUAGGGACUGUGGAUGCCGCAGGGAAGGGAAGGGACGA